UCACUCGAUUAGACAUGUCUGUUAGGGAAAUGCAAGUCAAGCUGGCUGAAUAAAACUAGCUAGCGUAGCCAUCUAGUAAGAUAAUAUUUAACCAACCGGAUAACAGUAGGCAUUUUCUUUAAGUAAAUAUGUAACGUGUUAUAAACUGGUUAAAACAUAUCCCAAAAGUGGUGAACUAAGAGGACUGUCUGGCCUGGCCGCCUGUGUGAGGUGAGGAUGGAGAACUCUGGCUACGCUGAGAGCUUUCCUGACAUGCACACGGCCACCAGCAGCGACGAGGAUCUAGUGGAAAUCACAGGGGCCACUCUGGAUUUCUCCAGCACUGAUGAUGUGCCUCCUUUAGACCGGGACUGUGGAUCAGAAGGUGCAGGUGGAGCUGGGAAUGGACUUAAUGGGGUUCCUAAGCUGAUGGACCUUCUAGAUGAGCCAGUGCCUGGAGUGGGCACUUACGAAGACUUCAACACUAUUGACUGGGUGCGAGAGAAGUCCAAGGACCGGGAUCGUCACAGAGAGAUUGCCAGUCAGAGCAAAGAGUCUACAUGGGCUUUAAUGAGGAGCAUCAAUGAUGCCUUCUCUGGUUGGCUCCUCAUGCUAUUGGUUGGACUAAUGUCAGGUGCUCUGGCUGGUGGGAUCGACAUCUCUGCUCACUGGAUGACCGACCUGAAGGAAGGAGUAUGUCUCAUUGGCUUCUGGUUCAACCAUGAGCACUGCUGCUGGAACUCCAACGAGACAACAUUUCAGGAGAGAGACAAGUGUCCGCAGUGGAACAGCUGGGCCGAGCUCAUGAUUGGCUCCAAUGAUGGUCCCUUUGCUUACAUCAUUAACUAUCUGAUGUAUGUGUGCUGGGCUCUGCUCUUCUCCUUCCUCGCAGUGACUCUGGUUAGAGCCUUUGCACCUUAUGCCUGUGGCUCUGGUAUCCCUGAGAUUAAGACUAUCCUCAGUGGCUUCAUCAUUCGCGGUUACUUGGGCAAGUGGACCCUGAUGAUCAAAACAAUCACUCUGGUGCUGGCUGUGUCGUCUGGUCUGAGUCUGGGCAAAGAGGGACCACUUGUCCAUGUAGCCUGUUGCUGUGGAAAUAUACUGUGCCAUCUUUUCACCAAGUACCGAAAGAAUGAGGCCAAAAGGCGAGAGGUACUCUCUGCUGCUGCUGCAGUCGGUGUUUCAGUAGCGUUUGGUGCUCCUAUUGGAGGAGUUCUCUUCAGUCUAGAGGAGGUGAGUUAUUACUUCCCUUUAAAGACACUGUGGCGUUCUUUCUUCGCUGCCCUUGUGGCAGCCUUCACACUGCGCUCCAUCAACCCGUUUGGAAACAGCCGCCUGGUGCUGUUCUAUGUGGAGUUUCACUCCCCCUGGCACCUUGUUGAGCUGGUGCCCUUUGUGUUGCUGGGCAUCUUCGGGGGCAUCUGGGGCGCCUUCUUCAUUCGGGCGAACAUCGCCUGGUGUCGGCGACGCAAAACGACACGCCUGGGUCACUACCCGGUCCUGGAGGUGCUGCUGGUGACGGCGCUCACAGCCGUGCUGGCUUUCCCCAACAGCUACACGCGCAUGAGCACCAGCGAGCUCAUUUCAGAGCUGUUCAAUGACUGCGGCCUGCUCGACUCCUCCCAGCUGUGCAACUACGCUAACGCAACCGACAUCAAGACCAACAGCAACACCCUGCCCGACCGACCCGCCGGCCACGAAGUCUUCACGGCCAUGUGGCAACUGGCACUGGCGCUCGUCUUCAAGAUGCUCAUCACCGUGGUUACCUUUGGCAUGAAGGUUCCCUCAGGUCUGUUCAUCCCCAGCAUGGCUGUGGGGGCGAUUGCGGGAAGGCUGCUGGGCGUGGGCAUGGAGCAGCUGGCAUAUUACAACCAUGACUGGGUUAUCUUUAGGGGCUGGUGCUCACCCGGGGCAGACUGCAUCACACCAGGCCUUUAUGCGAUGGUGGGAGCUGCUGCCUGCUUGGGUGGUGUAACUCGGAUGACGGUCUCUCUGGUGGUCAUUAUGUUCGAGCUGACUGGAGGUUUGGAGUACAUUGUGCCCCUAAUGGCUGCCGCCAUGACCAGUAAGUGGGUGGCAGAUGCGCUGGGUCGCGAGGGCAUCUACGAGGCCCACAUCCGUCUGAACGGCUACCCGUUCCUAGAGCCCAAAGAGGAGUUCAGCCACAAAACCCUGGCCAUGGACGUUAUGCGGCCUCGUCAUAGUGACCCCCCGCUCUCAGUCAUUACACAGGAUGGCAUGAGUGUAGAGGAGGUUGAGACUCUCAUCGCUGAUACAUCUUACAGCGGCUUUCCUGUGGUGGUCUCACAAGAGUCACAGAGGCUGGUGGGCUUUGUGCUGCGCCGGGAUCUCAUCAUUUCCAUCGAAAAUGCUCGGCAACGCCAGGAGGGCGUGGUGAGCACGUCACGGAUUUUCUUCACCGAGUACACGCCACCCCAGCCCCCUAACUUCCCCCCUCCCCUGAAGCUACGUGGCAUCAUGGACCUCAGCCCUUUCACGGUUACCGAUCACACCGCCAUGGACAUUGUGGUGGACAUCUUCCGCAAACUUGGGCUGCGCCAGUGUCUCGUCACUCAUAAUGGACGCUUACUGGGAAUCAUCACCAAAAAGGACAUUUUAAAGCACAUGGCUCAAAUAGCCAACCGUGACCCAGACUCCAUCCUCUUCAACUGAAAGCUGACUUUUAUAAUCUCACCUCCUCUCCGAUGUGUCCUCUCCAAAAAAACAAACAAAAAAAAAAGCCUGUUUGAUUUGCACUACAGACAUCAGUGCUAGGUUGAGAGUGCACUCACACUGUGAUAGCCAUUUUCAGUGCCAAGAUGGACACCUCUUGCACUACGGCUUUAUCAUCGAACUUGGCCAGAUUUUGACACCAAAUCCUGGUUUCCAAGUUGGCAAGUAGCCAAUCAGUCAUAACAUAUCAUGUCUAUCAGUUCAUCUUGGAGAAAAAGGGUGGGGAGUUAAUUGAGUGGAUAUGCAUGCACAAUCCCAAUCAUAGAAAUUUCUUAAUGUAGCUAAAGUAUAUUGAAAUUCCUACAAAAUGAGGAAAAUUUUGUUGUGAGCUAAAUCUGUGAUUCUGUAUGCAUCCUUUUCGAAUACAGUUCACGGAUGUGUGUUUGGAGAUACACUACAAGCAAUUAAUGACUAAUCUCAGCUUAAUAUGUUGCAAUAUUUCAGUCAUUAGUUUUGCCAUAACUUUAAUGAACAAGCUAAAUCUGAGUAUCAGGUAACCGCCAGUGGAUGUCUGUGUUUGUUUGGGUCUUCUGCGUAAAUGUUCUCACGUUUAUGUUCUCACUCUUUCCAUUCUAUGUUUAAUGUCUUUACAUAACUGUGAUAUCAACUUCUCGAGCAGGUAGCUAAUUGUGUGUGGAGUUUGAAGAGAAACAGGUUUACAGCAUUGUGAAAUAUGCGAAUGAGAUGAUUUUAAGGGCACUUUCCCCCCCUUAGAAGGCGAGUCCCUUGGGGGUUUGCACAUUGAAGCAUUCACAAUCUUUUCUGGUUUUACCCCUUAUGAAUCUGCAGGGCAGCUGGGCAUUCCGCUUGUUAGAUGGCUGUUUUGUGGCUUUGCAUGGAUUUACAGCUAGGUACGACUGACUAAUCUGCCCCGCUGCUUAACCACUGUUGUCCUUCUGUUAUUAUGUAUUUUUAUUUCUUUGCUGUAAAUCCCUUUAGCAGGAACCUCUGUUGUUGAUUGCAUUAUUCAUGUUAUGUUAAUCAGCACGGCCUAUUGGCCAUGCACCAAUUAUAUACUUUGACAUUUUGUUUCAUUUUGUUAUACUUUCUUCUUCAGGUGUGUUUAGACAACAUAUGAUCAUUUGUAGCAGUGGCCUCUCCACUUUAAAAAAAAAAAAAGAAUAGAUAUUGAAGUACGCUAUAUUCCUCAGGAUAUGAUGUAUGCAUGGUUGAAGACUUUAACAAUAUUUUAACCACAACCCUAAUCUCAGUGUUUAAGAUAAAUCUAUUUUAAAAUAUACGCAUCUUAUCCAAAGCAGUGUAUAUAAUAUCAUUUAGUUAAAUGAAGCAAAGGUUGUCGGUGUGUGAGCGUUUUCGUGACAUGUUCUUGAUGGCUGCCUGUUGAGAUGGUUCACCUGACACUUCUCUCGGUCAGGUGCAUAAGCCAGCUCUCUUAUUGUUUAUGUCCUCCAAAGACACAUUCAUACAUAGUGCUUUAAGCUAUUCAUAAAUCCAUCAAGGGCUAGAGUUAAUACCGGUAUUUAUAUCCACAACAACUGAUUUCAUUAUCAGGUUUUCGUCUUCAAUAAUGUCGAGAGUUCUGUAAGGAAAUCAUGUUGGAUCUGCCCCUUUAAUCGCAGCUCUUCUCGUGUAGCAGGGUCAUACAUCAUCCCAUCCCUUUUCACGCACUGUGGACCUCUCUUCAAUGUGUCUACAGAUCUGGAUACAUCACAAGGCCACUUUUUUUGUUUUUUUUUGCCAAGCACUCCAUUUGAGAAUCGCAUUAGAUAACUUGUCAGGUCUUAAAAAAUGUAAUGUCUUUAAUCAGUUGUUUGUACUUGUUUAAUUAUCUGAUUCAUGUAUGUUUAUCACAAAAGUUUAUGCAUUCUUCUAAAAUAUGAAUGUAUUAUCACAGUAAUUUAUUCAUUAACACUCAUAAGGCAA